AUGCCGUUUGGUCAGCGCUCCACGCUCGCACAAGAGGCGCUCAGCAACCUCCUGGGGGCCGGCUCUCAUGCGGCCAGGCAUCAACACUCGACCAGGAGCGGCCGAAAAGCGAACGCCAUCUCCAGCCCUCUUUUCCCGACAACUGUAGAGCCAACCCCCAUCUCCGCUACAUGGACAGAUGCACCGCAAGACGCGGCCUUCCCCUCAAAACCGCGUCUCGACACAGUUACUGUACCUAGCUCGUCCUGCACGUCAAAGCGCGCGGGGAGUACCGACACCGCAACAUCACUUCCUUCCAUGCCGCUGACGUUCUCGCUCACCUUGAUCCCACCGCCCCGGCCUCAGGAUGUCGGCAAGCUCGUUGUUGUGCUAGAUCUCGACGAGACUCUUGUGUAUAGUCGUGACAUGACCGUCUACAAGCGUCCUGGUGUAAUUCAGCUGCUGAGGACGCUGAAGGGCAAGUGUGAGGUUAUUGUGUGGACGGCCGGAACGCGAGAGUACGCGCUGGAUGUGAUUCGCACCAUCGACUCGGUUUGUGCCGUGCAGUACUGCAUCUACCGCCACCCCUUGUGGUGGUCUGGCGACAUAGGUUGCACAAAGGACCUUCGUCUGUUAGGCCGCCCCAUGGAUCGAGUACUCCUCAUAGACAACACCCCCAGCGUGUUCCGUGCAAACCCGCGCAACUCUCUUCUCGUUGGGGACUUUAUUGUGCCACACCCGAGAGCAUACAACGCACAGGAGAAGACGCUGUUGGUGUUGGCUGACAUCUUUGAGCAUGUGUUCCGCCGUUUCACCUCCCCAUGCGUCGCCGACGUCUUCGCGAGCAAGCGCAUCAGCCGGCAAGUCAUCCGACUGGAGCGGGGCGGAUUUGUGGAUCUUAACGUCCUCACCCCUAUUUGA